GUCGGGGUUUUAGUCAUAUUUAAUGGCUUCCAAUUCAGAGAAAAAUCCUCCUCCUUCAGAUGAAAAACCCAAAUCGACGGAGGAGAAUAAGAGUUCUAAGCCGGAAUCAGCUUCUGGGAGUUCACCUUCACCAGCUAUGCCUGGCUUGAAUUUGAAUGCUUUUGAUUUCUCUAAUAUGGCUGGUAUCCUCAACGAUCCAAGCAUCAGAGAAAUGGCUGAGCAAAUAGCUAAAGAUCCUGCCUUUAACCAAUUGGCUGAGCAGCUUCAGAGAUCUAUUCCAAACGCUGGUCAGGAUGGUGGUUUCCCUAACUUUGAUCCACAACAGUAUGUCAACACAAUGCAACAGGUUAUGCAUAACCCUGAAUUUAAGACAAUGGCGGAGAAACUUGGUACCGCCUUAGUGCAGGAUCCACAAAUGUCUCCUUUUCUGGAUGCUUUCUCGAAUCCUGAAACAGCAGAGCACUUUACUGAGCGUAUGGCGCGGAUGAAAGAAGAUCCAGAGUUGAAACCUAUACUAGAUGAGAUUGAUGCCGGUGGUCCCUCUGCCAUGAUGAAGUACUGGAAUGAUCCAGAAGUGCUGAAAAAGCUGGGUGAAGCAAUGGGUAUGCCUGUUGCUGGCUUACCAGACCAGACUGUUUCAGCUGAACCUGAGGCAGCAGAAGAAGGUGAAGAAGAAGAGUCUAUUGUUCAUCAAACUGCCAGUCUUGGUGAUGUUGAGGGUUUGAAAGCUGCCUUAGCAUCUGGUGGUAACAAAGAUGAAGAAGAUUCUGAAGGAAGGACAGCAUUGCACUUUGCUUGUGGAUAUGGCGAGUUGAAAUGUGCUCAAGUUCUUAUCGAUGCUGGAGCAAGUGUUAACGCGGUUGACAAAAACAAGAACACACCUCUGCAUUAUGCUGCUGGUUACGGGAGGAAAGAGUGUGUAAGCCUUCUCCUGGAGAAUGGUGCUGCAGUCACUCUGCAAAACCUAGACGAGAAGACACCAAUUGAUGUAGCGAAGCUCAACAGCCAGCUCGAGAAUGCUUCAAUUUGCAAGAAUCAUUCUGGUUUGGAGGAUAUAGCACGAAGCUUUGCACGACUUGGUGGUGAAUCCACUCUCUCUCAACCGCCGUCUCUCGCCUCCGCCACGUUUUCUUCAUCCGCCGUCAUGAAUGGCCUCGAAACUCACAACACAAGGCUCUGUAUCAUAGGUAGUGGCCCAGCGGCUCACACGGCGGCGAUUUACGCGGCUAGGGCUGAACUCAAACCUCUUCUCUUCGAAGGAUGGAUGGCUAACAACAUCGCUCCCGGCGGUCAACUAACAACCACCACCGACGUGGAGAAUUUCCCCGGAUUUCCAGAAGGUAUUCUCGGAGCAGAGCUCACUGACAAAUUCCGUAAACAAUCAGAGCGAUUCGGUACUACGAUUUUCACGGAGACGGUGACGAAAGUCGAUUUCUCUUCGAAACCGUUUAAGCUAUUCACAGAUUCAAGAACCGUUCUCGCUGACGCUGUGAUUCUCGCUACUGGAGCUGUGGCUAAGCGGCUUAACUUCGCUGGCUCUGGUGAAGGCUCCGGAGGUUUCUGGAACCGUGGAAUCUCAGCUUGUGCUGUUUGCGACGGAGCUGCUCCGAUUUUCCGGAACAAACCUCUUGCGGUUAUCGGUGGAGGCGAUUCCGCAAUGGAAGAAGCAAACUUUCUCACCAAAUAUGGAUCAAAGGUGUAUAUAAUCCAUAGGAGAGAUGCUUUUAGAGCGUCUAAGAUUAUGCAGCAGAGAGCUUUGUCUAAUCCUAAGAUUGAUGUGAUUUGGAACUCUUCGGUUGUGGAAGCUUAUGGAGAUGGGGAAAGAGAUGUGCUUGGAGGAUUGAAAGUGAAGAAUGUGGUUACUGGAGAUGUUUCUGAUUUGAAAGUUGCUGGAUUGUUCUUUGCUAUUGGUCAUGAGCCAGCUACCAAGUUUUUGGAUGGUGGUGUUGAGUUAGAUUCGGAUGGUUAUGUUGUGACCAAGCCUGGUACUACACAGACUAGCGUUCCCGGAGUUUUCGCUGCGGGUGAUGUUCAGGAUAAGAAGUAUAGGCAAGCAGUCACUGCUGCAGGAACUGGGUGCAUGGCAGCUUUGGAUGCAGAGCAUUACUUACAGGAGAUUGGAUCUCAGCAAGUUGGAAUUGAGUACGAGUAUUGUUCAAAGUUGUAGCUCUAAUGGUAAAACUAGCUAGCUACGACGAAAUUCUUUUUAAGAUUUGAUUUUCAGAUGAUGCUUGAACAUAUAGUCAGUGAACUUGAUUUAUAUCCAAUAAUGUAUUAUGUAGUCUUAUAAUAUAAAAGUGGGUUUCUA